AGGCCUUCUCUAGGGGACUAAACUGGAUGAUGGAGAGAGGCAAAAUUAAACCCUAUUGGACUGGAUAUGAGGGUCUAAAGAUUUCUCAUCUUGGGUUUGCUGAUGAUUUGUUAAUCUUUAUGAAUGGUAAUGCAAGGUCAUUAUUGAAUUUUAAGAAAUUUCUUAAUACCUAUCAAGAAGCUUCUGGACAGGUUGUAAACUUGUCAAAAUGUUCUAUCAUUUGUGGAAGGGCCCCUCCUGCAAGGCAUGCAAAGAUCAAAGAUAUCCUGGGUAUGAAACUUGCAUCUCUACCUAUCAAAUAUCUUGGAGUGAACCUGCACAAAGGAAACGUAUGGAAUUUGGGCAUGUGAAACGAGAGGGCAACUGGGUCACUCAUUUCUUGGCCCAAGAGAAGGUGGAUCGGCCAACAUCAUUUUCUACAGUGGAUAUUCUACCUACUUUAGCUAAAAGAUAUUUUUGGAUGGAUUAUUUUGGUAUUCCUUCUUUUAGAGUUUGAUUUCUGUGUUUUCGGGUUUGGUUUGGUUCCCCUGUUUUAUUUUUUCUUCAUUCUCACUUUUAUUUGGUUAUGUCAAGGAAGUUUUGACCUAGUUCCCUUCCUUUUGUAAUUCAUUGAUUCAUUAAUAAAAUCCUGGUAUAUGACUCCCGGCAUAUGCCCCACUGAUUUUGGUGGUUUGCCUUCCGG